AUAUUAUAAAAUAAGAAGAAGAAAAGAUGAAAACGAGUGGCCCCAAAAGUGGAAGUCAACCAUUUGUAGGAGUCACCGAGUUGGACUGAAAUUGGGGUUUGUUAUUAAUUUCUGCACUCACACCAAUGCCAUACAGGUUUUGCCCAGUUGAAUGUCACUCUGCAACUCUCACACUUUCCUACUCUUCUAAAAUGCUCAAGUUCCUCAACCGGAGCCUCCGCCGCCUCUGCACCCGUCUACGAUGGCCUCGUGCCCGGCGGGUCAGACCUAGGGUCGUCGUCAUCAAGAAAUUUGGAAAAACCACCUCCAAACCUCACGCCGAUCCCCACAAUACCCUCGACUCCUUCGUUAAUGGCUCCUUGGCGUCGCCUGUUCAUCCCAAACCUCAAUUUUGCGGUCUUAAUGCGCACAGACCUGUGCGGAUUGCGACAUUUAAUGCCGCCUCCUUCUCCAUGGCACCUGCUGUUCCAUAUGCUGAAAAAUCCAAUUCCUCCGCCAAAUUCCGACGGAGUUUGGAUUCCAGUUUACGGACAAAAUCCGUAAAUGAUCGCCCCAAAAGCAUUUUGAAACAGUCUCCACUGCAUCCGAAUACCGUGAAUGGAGUUGUUGCUAAUCAUAACCUCCACACCCAACCAAAGUUCGUGAAACCCAAGCCGCGGGUUUCGAUCAACCUGCCUGAUAACGAGAUAUCCUUACUCAGAAAUCGACAGGCGAGCUUUUCUGAGUACGAAAUGGAGAAGGAGGAUCCGUCCUCUUCAGGUAACGAUGGGAAUGGGAUGCGGAUCGCUAAGAGUCGGCCUCCACUGAGAUCGAUUGUAAGCAUGCCUUCGGAGCGCGAAAAAGGGGAGAGUUACAGAUGCAAUAGGACGGUUGUGGAGGUGCUUAGGGAGUUGGAUGCUGACAUAUUGGCGUUGCAAGAUGUGAAGGCGGUGGAAGAGAAAGGCAUGAGACCGCUUUCCGAUUUGGCAGAUGCUUUGGGAAUGAAGUACGUUUUUGCAGAGAGCUGGGCGCCGGAGUAUGGAAAUGCGGUCCUGUCGAGAUGGCCCAUCAAACGCUGGAAAGUCGAGAAGAUUUUCGACCACACCGAUUUCAGGAAUGUGUUAAAAGCGACCAUUGAUGUGGGAGAAGUAGGAGAAGUAAAUGUGCAGUGUACCCAUUUGGAUCAUCUGGACGAGAAUUGGAGGAUGAAACAGAUAAAAUCCAUAAUCCGAUCGACCAACGACGAACCCCAUAUCUUAUUAGGAGGCCUUAAUUCUCUGGAUCCCACGGAUUACUCGCAGCAACGGUGGACGGACAUCGUGAAGUAUUACGAAGAGAUAGGAAAGCCAACUCCGGAAGCUAAAGUGAUUAAGUUCUUAAAGAGCAGUAUGCAUUAUAGGGAUGCAAAGGAGUUUGGAGGAGAAUGCGAAUCAGUGGUGAUGAUCGCCAAAGGCCAAAGUGUUCAAGGGACGUGCAAGUAUGGGACACGAGUCGACUACAUAUUGGCCUCUCCGGACGCAGAUUACAAGUUUGUUGAAGGAUCCUACUCUGUCCUUUCCUCAAAAGGAACCUCCGAUCAUCACAUUGUCAAGGUUGAUUUCCUCAAACCUCCUCAUUCUCAAGGUUGAUUUCUUCAAACCUCCUCCUCGGCCUCGGCCUCAGCCCCAAACCCGUUCGCAUUCCCUUUCCCCUUGGAAGAGAUGGACACGAAAUAACGACCAACACGCCCAAGCCCUUUGUCUUCUUUCAUUUCUUAAACCUUUUCACUUAUAUUUACACACUCAUUUGUAUUACAUUUAGGAAUGGAACUCAUUCCUUUUGUUCUAUGCCGUAUGUAACCAAAGAACCCAUGUACACCUUAAUUUCAAACCAAAGUAUUAGACACAAAAACUUCAAAACUACAAUGAGAUUUGAAGGAAGCUGAUGUAUUUACCAACACACAAGUUACAGUUACUACUGGAACUGCCUGGAUUUCUAGUUAAAGUUCUAAUGAAAGCUCAAAGUAUAUCGUUGUCAUCAACAAUCUACAGAAUUAC